CGCCCAACCCCACACUCCCACAACCUGCACAACCACAUCCAUGUUUCAAUAUCCAGGACCCACCAGCAGACCGCAUCUGGGACUGGCAGGAAGGUGACGAGUUGGUUCCCAGUCCACAUGACUUUCAUGAAACACAAAGUGGAAUACAGCCAUCGUGUACACUUGGGAACAAUGCUACUGAACUGGAAUGCUUUCAGUUAUUCUUCGAUGAACCCCUGAUGGACAUUAUUGUCAGGGAAACCAACACAUACUCUAACAAUCAUGAAGUUUUUAACACCUAAGCAGAAGACAUUUUAUGAUGACAAUGGGUAUGUGGUGCUGGAUUUGUUAACGGCAGAGGAAAAGGAUGAGCUAUGUGAAGAAUAUGACCAACUUUUUGAGGCCAAAAAGCAGUUUGAUUUGGAAGCCACCUGGCAAGGGGACUGGAGUGACCAGAAAGAAAAGAAAGAAGUGAAGUCCAUCCAUGGUCUUCAGAUGCACUCUGCAGUGUUCACACGUCUCUUGCUGCACCAGAAACUCUUGGAUGCUUGUGAGGAUGUGAUGGAGACUCCUAACAUUCUGUUGCACCACACCAAGGCCCACACCAAGCCUCCCGGUAUUGGUUCACCAUUCCCCAUGCACCAGGUAUGUUGCACCACACUAGACCUACUGGUACUGGUUCACUAUUUCCCAUGCACCAGGAAUGUUGCACCACACCAAAUCUCCCAGCACUGAUUCAGUUUUCCCCAAGAUCCAGGUAGACAGCCUCUCUAUACUAGUUCAUCCUUCCCCAUGCACCAGGUAGACAGCCUCCCUGUACUGGUUUACCCUUCUCCAUGCACCAGGUAG